CAAGAUACUAACUUGAAAAUUCAAGAUACUAACUUGAAAAUUCAAGAUACUAACUUGAAAAUUCAAGAUACUAACUUGAAAAUUCAACAUACUAACUUGAAAAUUCAACAUACUAACUUGAAAAUUCAAGUUACUAACUUGAAAAUUCAAGUUACUAACUUGAAAAUUCAACAUACUAACUUGAAAAUUCAACAUACUAACUUGAAAAUUCAACAUACUAACUUGAAAAUUCAACAUACUAACUUGAAAAUUCAACAUACUAACUUGAAAAUUCAACAUACUAAAUUCAACAUACUAACUUGA